AUGUCGGAUAAACAUGGCUAAAAAUAAACCUCUAAAAACCUUUUGAAAAUAUGAGCAUGGACGCGUCCGAAUCGUUGCGACAACAGUUCCAGCUAAUACAGGAACAACAGCAGAAAAAGCUUCUCGCCAGAAAGCAACGAAAGACCAAGAAUUCUGACAAUACAUCCAGGGACGACGAAGAAGCUACAACGGUUGAAGGCUUCUGGGGACAUGACUACAAAAGCGAUCAUUUGGACUUAAAACUUGAUUCCAAGGUGCCUUUUGGGGAAGAGGCACCCAUACACAAGGAACUUGAAGACUUGAAAGACACUAUAAGGGUUCUUAAAGAUGAAAAUGGAAGACUUUACAAGCUUCUUGGUGAGAGAGAUGAAGAAAUGAGGAUUCUGAGAAAAGCUCGAGAUGAAGAGAAAAAGGCUUUGGCAGGCACUGGAGUGGCUGCUGACACUGCUGCUGGUAGAAUCAUGGAACUGUCAAAGAAGAACAGAGACCUGACUGCAGACUUGGAAAGUGAACGUAACAAAGUAAGGCAACUGAUGAAGAAGAUGAGAGAGAUGGAAAGAGAGAUGGUAUCCUCAGGAAGUCUGCAGAGUAACUCAAAACAGCCUGGUGAAGAGCGGAAAAUUAAAUCAAAGUCAUCAGACUCAGAAAAGGACAGUUCUGAAAUUGCCUCUCUGCAGGACAAACUGAGCCAAGCAAACAAUAAAGUGGCAGAAUUUAGGAAUCAAUGUGACAAACUGAAGAAAGAUUUAAAGGUUGCACACAAGGUCCUUGCAAAGGAGGUUGGGGAUGGUUUCAACAUCACCACACUGUUGAAUGACUCCAGUGGUUGGAGAGGACGACAACAGCAGAUCACGUCUUUACAAAACAAGGUUACAGAGUUAAAGGCACAGUUGAGUCAGGUGGCUCGUAGCGGCUCAACCACAUCAAACAACAUACUUCUGAGAUCAGCCAUGAUGUCACCAUCCAGCGCUUCUUCUCAGUAUGACGAAAAACAUCGCUCGGUGUUAAAAAAGAUCGAGAAAGAUCGUAAGGAGGCGCAAGAGAAAACUCAGGCGGAGUUAGAGAGUUUGGACCAAGAACACACCAAGUUACAACAGAAACACGACGCAGCUAAAGCGCGCAAUAAGGUGCUGGCUAGUGAACUAAAGGGACUGAAGGCUCAAGUCCAAACUCUACUGGAGAAAGGAGCUCACGAUGAUGAACUUAUUGCAGCUCUUAUGAGGGAGCAACAACAGCUGAAGAGUGCAGCAACUAAAAAGGAAGCUUCCUCACCCCCUAAACUAAUGAACAAUCAACAAGACAAGGCGCAAAUAGAACACCUUACAUUGGCAUGCCAAGAAAGAGAUGGACGGAUACAGCGGCUUGAAGAGGAACUCAGUAAGGCGAGAGUAACUCUGCAAAACACUAACGCGAAAUAUAAGGAGCUAUGCGAGCGCGAGACAAAAUCUGUAGCAUGUGGUACAGAGGACUUACCGACAAAUGAAGAAAGGCUGAAUAACAAUAUUUUUGAAAAUGCUGCCCCUCAUGAGCCGGUCUGUAAAGGACCAUUACCGGUAAACGGCCAUGUGGAGGGAGCAUUAUCCAACGGGCCCCAUGUGGAGAGGGCCGAGCGAGUAGGAUUUCAAAAUAACAGUUACAUGUCACAUAAAAGACAGGUGACUCCUUUGCAGUAUCAUUCAGAAGGGCCUGUUAAGACCCAGGGUCCAUCCGUUCCUGGCAGUCCAGUUCGGCGACACGUGAUGUCACGAGGAAGUGCGAGUGGCACGUCGGGAAGGAAUUCAGCACAGGGAUACCAGUUGCCCCCCACACCACCAAGUGGUGGACGUGGAAGUAGGGGACGCCGGAACAGUGUUGGAGGCAGUGAAGAGAUCCAAUUAUUAAAAUCUCAACUACAUGAGAGCAAGUCCCUGUGUCAGGCGGCUGAAGUUGAGCGGGAUCGGCUCCUAGAACUGGUUACUCUCUUGCAGAAAAGGGUCGAUGAAGCUAAAAACAGUGAGUUAGAGGCUAUCAACAAAUGGCAACAGGAACGACGUCAAGUCGUUCACGUGGAGAAGCAGCUGAGUAGAGUCCAGUCGGGACAAGGCGUGGCUAAAGGGCGGGGCAAAGGGUAUGGGUCCGGGGGCACAGGACAGGAAAGACAAGGAAAGCCAGAGGACUUGGACGAUCUUGCAACUCGGCUGACCAUCCAGACAGACGAAAACGACGCGUUGAAAGAAGCACUCAGUUCCACACUGAAAGCCAAAGAAGAGGACUUGAAAUUUUACCAAGAGAUGAUCGAUCAAACAAAGAAGAUCUUCUUGCAGGGGCUGAGACAAUUUAGACAGAACUCCGCCCCCAGCUAAUGUAUUCCGUUUGGUGUUUGGACUUGAUACUCCAACCCAGAUAAUAUCAUUAUUUACAUGAUCAAGCCUUCAAUCGCUUAUGUCUGUUUUUUCAUGUUUUGUUUCUUGUGGUAAAAUAUAGAAAGCAAAAUAUUUGG